AUGCCGCUAUAUAGUGUAUUAUUAUGUUCUUAUUAUAUUCUAUAUACCUGUGCAUGUGCCAAUAAGCUCAUAUAUACGCUGUUUAAGCCUCUUAUAUAUACGCUGAUUAAAUCUGUAGACCUAUAUAUGCAGCAAUUAAACCUAUAUAUGGUUGAAGCGUUAUAUGCAGUAAUUAAGCCUAUGUGUGCAGCUGUUAAUACGGUGUGUGCAGUUUGA